AUGGAAAUAGAAACUCAAACAUCUUUAUCCAACUCUAUUGAAAACACGGAAACAACUUUUUUACUAAACUAGGUGAGGUAGCAAAUGAAUACUUUCAUUUAAUAGAUUUCUAAUGAAAAUAUAGAAAGUUAAUCAACUGACAGAAUUAGUAUUAGUGAAGAUGAAUAGUAGAAUCUACUAAAUAAAAAAAAAGAUGUUUCUGUCAAACUGAGAAAAAAAUAAAAAAGGGUUUGUUAAACUUUUACUAUUCCUUUAAAAUUUAAAGGAUAAGAUGUUUUUCAUGUAUUUGGUGACUUUUGCAUAUCAGGAUCAUAUUAAGUAAGACUUGGAGGUUCUUUAGGUUGGACUUAAUUAGGUUUUGAUAAUUUGGUUACAGAGUCAAUUUAAAAAUAUGACGAUUUCAUUGAUACAAAACUGAGAUUUAAUAGGAUUUAAGAGAUGCCGUUAGAAAAAGCUGUUAUUGAAUUACAGAAUGUUCCUCAUUAAACCUAUUACUAACUCAGCUAAGUUUUAUUGAAAAUAGGCAAAUAUUAUGAUUAAAUGAAAGCAGAAAUGUUAGAAUAUAACGAAGUUAACCAAGAAAGAUAUGACUAUGAGUAUAAUUAAUAUAGCUAAUUUUGCCUAGAAAAAGUUAAAGAGCUGAUGAAGUAAUAUAAUUUAAGCUCGUAUUGUAUAGGUAGGACUAAUUUUAAAGAUGGAUCUUUGGAUGUAAGUCAUGUUGGAUAUUCAAAUGGAUUACUUGAUUUAAUUUGCUUGGACUACAACACGAUGUAACAGUUAUGUUUAAGAGACAGGCAGAUUUAAUUGGUCAAAGAUAUAAAUUAAAUAUUGGAAAGCUCAUUGUUUUGUUUAAUGAGCAGAUUUUAAAAUAGUACUGAGUAUAAAAUAAGAGUUAACUUUACUACUCUAGAUGGAUAUGAUUUAUGGUUAGAUUUGACUUACCAUAAAAUAUAGCCACCUACUUAUAAGGGAAUGUUUGGCAAUUUCUUCUUUUGUUUAAUAGAAAUAGAUAUUGAUGCAAAUUAAUUAAAAGGACUUCUAGACUAUAGGAAUUCCAUUUAAUCUAAAAAUGCAAAUUUUAAUUCAUUUUUAUAAAAUGAGUUAUCUUUCUUUUAAGAAGAUAUUGAAUACUCGAUUUUAUCAUAGUCCUUCUUGGAAAAGUACUAUUAAGACUUAAUAAAAAAAAUAUAAGGUCUACAUAGUUAAUCCAAUGACCAACUUUCAAAAUAAUGCGGUUUCAGAUUAAUAUCUUGA